UGUGACGCCAUUCGAGACCGUCAAAUCCAUGUGUUUCGUUUUUCGCACUCGACUCCAUUAAAACUGUUUCUUUUUUAUUCAUUUUUUUCGUUUGUUUCGUUCGCGCGCCGACGUACGAACGUUUACGCGUCGCGUCGCCUUGUCUUUUCCACACUGUCGAUCUGAAUAUAAACGAAAACUAAUCGCAGUCCGUUGGCGUUUUGAGAACUCGCGAGUCGUGGAUGCGCGGUCGUUCCUCUCGAGUUGUAGCGUGAUCGUAUUCUAGUGUGUAUACCUGCGUUUUGUUUUGUCGAUCGCUGUAAUAUUAUAAUUCGUCGAAAUGGGUUACUCUUGUUUGCUGUGUAAAAAACCGAGCUACAAAAGAUAUAAGGCCCAGGCAACAUUUCAUGCAUUCCCGAAAUGUCCGAUUCAAAGAAGAGUAUGGAUGAAUAUAUGUAAUGUAACGAAUCUAAUAGACUUGAGAUAUCGUAAGAUAUGCUCAUUUCAUUUUGAGCCGGAAUGUUAUGAAAAAAAUACAAAGAGGCGGUUACUUAAACCGGACGCCAUACCAACGAUUUUUGUCAAAAGAUUUAUGAAAAAAUACCAUUAUGAUGAAGGAAUUUUGGAAGAAUCACCAAAUGCAGGUUAUAUUGGGCGUAAUACUUGUAUUCUAUGUGUGAAAUCAGACAUAAAUUAUUCUCCCAAGUCCAAGAUACCUUUACACCAAUUCCCUUCAUGUCCAGAAAGAAGGCAAGAAUGGAUUAAUCGUUGUCAAUUAAAGGACGAAGAAGUUUCACGCACCGACAAAAUAUGCGCAUUACACUUUAAGCCUGAGUGUUACAAGCCCGAAGGUCCACGUUGGUUACUUCUCCCAGAUGCUGUGCCAACGGUAUUUGAAGUGGGUCGUUAUUUCAAUAGAAGAAAACCAUCAUCACCAGGAUCUAUAAGAGAAGAAAGGACGCCUGAGUCAAAUUAGAGUGAUCAUGUUAGAGAAGUUCCACGAGAGUAUUAUCUGACAACAAUGGACCAAACCACCGAACUACUAAACGAUUAUUAAUAUUAUUCUGCAUAAUUCAGUGUUUUUGAAUACUGAGAAUUUUAAAAAUUUCUAAAAUAAGUGCUGCUGAAUCAAUCAGUAUGUAUCACAUAGUUUUAUUAAGAUAAUAUCAACACAAUAUUGUUUUUUCUCUCAGACCUACAUGCAUAGAUAGAAGGUAUAUCAGUAAAUUCAUUUUUAGGAUUUUUGAGGUUUGUCAUAUUUUUUAUGUUUGAUUUUGAGGUAUGAAUAUAAAUUGAUAUUCAAUUGUUUUGACACCUA